UACACAGGAUGAGCGCAGAUGAUCUUUAUAAUUUUGGAAAUUUUAGACAUUAAACUACAAUUGUCAAAGGUUAUUUGACAACUUGGGGCUCUUCAAUAUGUGCACAAUUGGUAAAUCUAUACACAACAAGAUAGUGUUCCAGUUUCAUAAGUAUCUUUUGCAGCAGAGGCAGCUUCCCCUUUACAUAAACAACCUAUCUCAUGGAACUGUUUGUAAAAUGCAUAAAUGGAUGGCUUAGAAGGUGGAUCCACACAAAAUUGUGUUUGGUAGUGCAACUGCACUUGUUUCACACAUUUGGUUAUGUUAACCAAUAGAACACACUUCACUCUUUUGGACUUGUUGCCAUUUUCCUGAUUGCAGUGCCUCUAGUGGAAAAUCUUUGUAACUGCACAUGCACACUUUGAUUCAAAACUUCAACAGUUUUAGUCUAAUGUCAGAAAGUUCAGAUAUACUAUCUUGUCUGAUUGUUUCACAGUAAAUUUCUCAAUAUUUGUGGUUUUUGCAACAAACAGUACAUAUGUUAUUGUCAGCCUUAAGAAAGAAACUCCAAGACCCAGCAGUCCCACGUUUAACUUGGCAACUUUCAUCAUGUCCUACCAAAGGAGAAAGUGACAAUUCAGGAUAUGACAGUGACUCAAGUGCCACAUUCUGUUCUGCUCUUGAGCCUGUGAGUGACAAGGGACUUGACACUAUUACCCAUACAUCAGAACAUCAGGCAAUCCAUAAUGAUCAGAAUAAAGAACAAGCCAGUUCACUUAUGGAAACAGACACACAGGAGAUGGAUAGUGAUCAUAUGAUUUUUAAUACAACAGAAAACAAUUAUGAUAAUCUCAUAAAAGUGGAUGAUAACAAAGGUUCCUUUCCUAAUUCUCCAAUAUUUCAUGACAUGAGUGCAGACUGGAGCCAUUUAAUUAACUCAAUUCUUAGUAAUAACAGUACAGACAAUAAUUUUAUGACAACUGCAGAUACAGAAAAUUGUCAAGAUAUUCCUGUCAAUACAAACAGAGAAGCUGUUGUUGCAAGUAACCUCACAGCUGAUGAUGCGCUGUCACUCUGCGGUGUGCAAGUGAAUUCAGCAGAAACUCACUCGGACAGCACAGCCAUUAUAGCAGAUUCAGUGGCCUUGUCUGCUGAUAUAUUUGCAAAUUCUAGUUUUAUCAUGGAACCCAAAGACUGUGGAUCCAAGAACAGCCUUGUUGCUAAUGAAAAAGAUGGAGUUACAGUCAAAAGCAUACAACCACAAACAGACGAUGAAAUUGUGGAAAUUGGAAAGACACUGUUUCAGACUCUGAAUAUUGUGUCAACAGACAGCACAAGUGCAUCCUCGUCUGCCUCAACAAACAGUGGUAAAGAUAAAACGAAAAUGUACAACAUACACAAAUUUCAGAAUCUUGCCUCUGUUCAUAGAGAAAGGAUAGAUCAGAUGGGCAAGAAGCUCAGAGGCAGAAAUAGAUUUCAUGGGAAGGAGGCAGAUUCUAAUGCCAAAAGACAAGGACAAGGCAAGUUCUCAAGCAUGGAAAAGCUUCACAGUGGUCAUCAAAAGAAAACAGCUAAUCAAAGAAAGUCUGAAUCAAAAGCAAACAGUCCCCACAACAGGAACAAGAGAUUCAGAAAACAAAGAGAAGAGGAAAAGUACCAAAUUUGUGCACGUGGAGGACCCCGUAUAACAAGGAUGCAAACAGGAUCCCUGCCUGCUGCUUCUCCUAGCGGUACUGCUUCCACAGAGAGCAACACACUUUCUAGGAGACCACGUUCACUGAAUAUGAAAUCUCGUAUACGGAACCGAAUGUCAGAUAUCCAUCAGGAGGUACGGGCAUGGUUAUGUGGCUGGGGACCACCUCUGGAUGAAGCCCAGGCCCAUAAGCUAAUAGCUGAAGUGCAAGGAAUCCAAAAGAAUAUUUUAUCACCAUCACAGUUUGGUGAAUGUGGAAAUUUGAAGCAACAUGAAGUAGAAGAGAUUUCUCAAGUCUGUGAAAAAUUGCUGCUUCAACUGCAGUCAGCUUUAACAGAGUCCAGCAUGCAGAAGCAGGGAACUACAGACUUGAACUUGGAAUGUGAAGGUCACUGCUGCUAUUCGGAUGUGGAAACUGAUGCCAGUGACGAGAGGUUCAGCCAAGUUAGUGAUUAUUCUGAAAUACUUGGGUCAGAAAAAGUCUCUUCUGCAGCUUUACCCAUGACACAACAUAGAAUAUGCUCUGAAACUGUUAGUGAAAAUCUAACUUCUGAACCAUCAGACACAGCCAUAGCAUUUCAUGCAUUACAUACAAGUGGGGACACUUGUUGUGAAGGUGCAAAUACCAGUUGCAAAACAACUCAACAAAUGCUGGCACAUUUAUCAUGUACAGCUAAACAGAAUGAAACUAGAAUCAGCACUGCUACAAAGCGGGUUAAUUUUGCACCUUCAACACGAGACCCACGUUUACAAUCACUGUCAUAUGGCAAUCACUUGGUCAAAACCAAAACGAGUCUUACCAGUUACAUAUGUGAAACUGAUACACAAUCAACUCACUUCUCUAUUGAUCCAAAUCUUCAACAAGAAUCUUCAGAGCAAAUCACAAGACCUUUACAUGAUAGACUUUGUGACUCUUCAAACCAGAUGCAAUCCACAGAUAUGUUCAGCACUCAGAGCACUUCUGACUUCAGACAGAGAGAAACAGGACAGAAUGUGCAUUCACAACUAUGGUCGAGCAAGAAUAUAAAUGUGUUAUCCAAAAGUCCAAUUUGUCCAAUUAACAUCAAUGAAAAUAAAACACAUGAUUUACCUGAUGUGACAGGCGUAAUGUGUAUGACCAUAUCAGGUACUACAAAAAAACAAGCCAAAAAUUCAAGAUUCAAAAUGAAUAUGCAGGCCAGCACACAGUCACCUACUGACAUGUGCUCUUCAACAUUAGAGAACGUGCUGCAGGUCAACAAUAGAACUGAAGGACAUACAAAUCAAAAUGGAAGACAGAAAGAAAGUACAGCUGUCAUAAAAAAUUCUGAUGAUAUUAUUGCAUCCAGCCUGAAUGUUAGAAAAGGUGUUGAUAUAUCUCAGAGUACCAUUAAAAGUCAAACCAGACACAAAGUUGAAUCAAGACUUAAAUCACUGUCCAAUGAGGGUAGUCAAACAACGCAAAAUAUAUCAAAACCAACAGUUACCAGCACACACAGAAAGCAGGUGGAAAAUUUGCAAUCAUUAAGUACACCUCAGAAGUUCAGAAGUGAACAACAGUGUUCAGAGUACUCUGGUUUAACGCAAAGCCUGAUGACACAGUCAGAGGAAGAAUCAUUUAUUUUUGGUAUCAAAAGAAUAUGGCUACAUUCUGCACCAGAAUUUGUUCCGAACUGUCAGCUCCCUGAAGGGUUUUGGAGGAACAAAGCUACUCCAAUUCCAGAAGAUCUGUUACAAGCUUUGGAAAACUGGUAAAAAGUUAGAAAUAAAUAGUGCUGAUCAUAUCAGGUAUGAAAAGUAACUGCUGUAUCACCAGACUGAACAGUGUUAAUUACCAAAAUAUACUGAGCUUCUAUGCUGUUGUGACAAGCAAGCAUGUAAAUUAAUUCUUCUUGUACAUUUCCUCAUUUCCCACUCACAGCAUGUGGCAUGUGUCCAUGGAUGCAUUGUGAGCAUGCAGGGCACACUUCAUGGGCAGUCCUGCUGUCCAGCCUGGCAGUAGUCAUGGACACUCAGACAUCAAUAGUCAUAAGACAUCUCCUAUCCAUCCCUCAGCAUGCAAACUGUUAAACAGCCGUCCUUAUCCAACAUGCUGGGUGCAUAACAAGGGGACAGUGUGUAUUCUCAUAUGAGCAAUCCCUCAAAGCAGGAAACAUGCAUUCAACUCGCUUCAGAAUUAUUCAUGGGACUUGAGAUGCUAAGGAAUGUGGCAUCCUUCGCUAUCUGGCAAGGUGCUCUUCUUCACUUGCCAUUAUUCAUGUGUCACUGUAUGUGUAUAAUUUUUCAAAUCUGGAAUUGUUACCAAUUUCUGAUACAUGAAAUUCAACAUCUCAUAUAUCUUCUCUAUUUGAAAUUCUUGAUGUCACAACCUUCCACUCCCCAUCUGUCCAAAACGCUUGAAUCUUAACAACCAUUUCUGAUACCAGUGUCAUGUGUGACUACACAUGUGGUUUGGACUGGAAAUUGGAUUUACUGAACUCUCACAGGUCAAAGGUACGAGUAAUUAUAAGGUCACUAAUUAAUGCGCUCAACUUCUCACUACAGCACAUGCUAAGCCUUCUCAGUUUUUCUUCACUGUAUCUGUAACAGGCUUAAUACUGGGAUAGUGAAAAUAUUGUCAACACGACAAUCCUUUAAAAGGUAUACAAAGGGGGACCCAAAAAUAAUUUGUUCCUCGCUUGCUCGGAGAUGACCAAAGAGAAA